GUCUGUAGCGACGUCUCGACUGUUCAGACCUCCGAGAACCUGCGGCGACGUUGGUGGUCUUGUUUUGGGAGGUUACCUGGCCUUGAGAAAUUGCUAAUCAAAAGCCUGGCGACGGACUGACCGGCUGCUUGGGCCAGGAUGCCAGUCUGCAAUACCACGCUCGAGGACGAGAGGAUUGUCGAAGAACCUGUCUGGCAUUCCCUGACUUUUCACCAUUUCGGCUUGAUACUCUCAGCCAUCUUCGCUCUCAUCUCUGUCAUAGUAUCAUUCUAUCUCAUCUUCAAACAUGCCACCAAUUAUUUGCGCCCAUAUGAACAGAGGCACAUUAUCCGAAUCCUUUUUAUGAUACCCGUCUAUUCCACCGUUUCUUUUCUGUCGUAUUACUUCUACCGUCAUGCCGUUUAUUUUGAAGUUAUCCGAGAUUGCUACGAGGCGUUUGCCAUUGCGAGCUUCUUCACCCUAAUGUGCCAUUACAUCGCCGAAGAUCUACAUUCGCAAAAAGAAUGGUUUCGUGGAUUAAAACCAAAACCUUGGAUUUGGCCAUUGACCUGGCUAAAAAAGUGUUGUGGCGGUGAUCGCGGCAUUUGGAGGACCCCUCGCAGUGGCCUCACAUGGUUCAAUAUCAUAUGGAUAUCAAUAUUUCAGUACUGCGCAAUCCGCGUCAUCUUCACCAUUCUUUCAGUCAUCACCCAAUCAAUGGGACGGUAUUGUGAAUCGUCACUUAACCCUGCCUUUGCUCACAUUUGGGUAAUGGUCUUUGAAUCAACUGCUGUCUCCAUUGCUAUGUAUGCGUUGAUUCAAUUCUAUUUUGAGAUCAAAGGAGAGAUUGCGGAGCACCGCCCUUUCUUCAAAAUCCUGUGUAUCAAACUGGUCAUAUUCUUUUCUUUCUGGCAGUCGAUUUUGAUAUCAUUCCUUGUUUCGAGUGGUGCAAUCAAGCCCACAAAGCGGCUAUCGUUACCCGACAUCAAUAUUGGCAUGCAAUCGCUCCUUUUGUGCAUUGAGAUGGCUAUAUUCUCCGUCAUGCAUGUCUAUGCUUUUACGUGGAAACAUUACUCGUCGUCAAGGAAUUCAAUUGCAGAGCUGGCCCCCGGCGCCGGAUUUAGUGGCGAGCGGCCACAGAAGAAGGGCGGCAUUCUAGGAAUUUUGGCAAUUGUUGAUGCCUUCAACCCUUGGGACUUGGUCAAGGCCUUCAGCCGUGGUGUGCGAUGGGUGUUCGUCGGCCGAAAACGAAGAUUCUUAGACCCCUCAUAUGGAGCCAAUGCUCAUAAGGUUGGGAGCGGAUCUGAUGGCGCAUUGCAGCCAGGGCAAAGCUAUGCCGGCGGAUCAAUGCCAGGAAGAUAUCAACCCGAAGAUGACGGAGACGAAGACGUUCAGCUUCUUUCACAACCGGGUCCAAAUCCUAUAUCUGGACCAUACAUAGCUGGACGACCGAUCGCGCACAGUCCUACGGUCGCAAGUGACGUUCAUGGAGACGUCGGUGCCGUUGGAGCCUCUCAGCGAUGGACCGAGUACCCGGAUUAUUCCACAUCGUCUGUCAACGCGCCCCCCACAACAUCAUAUUCUCGACCAUUCGAAGACGUUUCGUCGCAUCUGCCAUACCCAAAGAAUGAUGCAAUGCCUCUGCCAUCUGCACAUGAGAAUGUGUAUUACCAAGGCGCCUCCACUCCAUAUGGUGGUGGCGUAGAUUCUGGCUUUGACGGAUCAUUUCACCAACAGAGCGGCCAGGACCGAACACCACGUUAGGGGGCUACAAUAAAGUAUUUUUUUUCUUCUUUUUUUUAUUAAUGAUGCUUGAUGAUAUUGGAUGAAUAUUCCCGGAGGGCUUUUCUUUUAUCCAGUCAAAUUCUGCCGCGCAGCCAAGCCUUGGAGCCUCAGACAUG